UGUCCGGGGUCCUUCAUCCUAAAUCCGCUUCCUCUUUCUCUUCUUGUUCAGUGUUGACAGCGAAGUCAUAUGGAUGCGGACGGCGUCGUGGCACUCAUGUGGCCUCUGCUCUUUGCCUUGUUUGCAGGGGUGCAGGCCUCCCCUCUGGAGCCCUCCAUUCCCGCCCGAGUACUCGCUGUGGCGGGGUCGUGCGUGAUCAUCCCCUGCUCCUUCACACCCUCAGCAGAAAAACGCGCCGAGGUGGACGUGCGGGUGCGCCUGCGAGGUCACACCCGGUUCUUUUUGUUCCGCCAAUCCCGCGUGGCCUUCAACAGCGGAGACAUGGAGGAGGUCAGCGACGUCUUCCGGGGCCGUAUGUCCUUAUCGGGUCCGGUGAAGGACGGUGACUGCUCAUUGAGGAUGAACAAGGUCAGCGCGGAAGAUGCCAGGACGUACGAGGUGUCUCUGAAGAGGACUGGAGACUCUGCUUGGGGGAAGGCCAAGUCUUUCGGUUUGGACGUUGUGGACACCCCCGAGGCUCCUGUUAUUAGCGGCGUGUCCUCAGCCGCAGACGGGCAGGUGGUCACCUUCAAUUGCAGCGUCAGCUACCAGUGCCACUCCGAACCACCGACCCUUCAUUGGAAAUGGGAGCGAGGAGUGCAGCCGGUGGGGGAGCAGGAGAUACGGAUCCUUGAAGCCCAAAACCAACUGCCGGUGCUGCAGACCUCGCUCACCUUCAAAGUGUUGAGCUGGGUGAAGGUGAGCCUUCGGUGUGAGCUCAGCUACCCGAGAGCCAAUAUGGUGACUGCCUUCAAGGAUCUGCAUGUGACAUUCCCACCCAAAGAUGUGACAGUUCAAGUGCAGACCUUGACAGUGCAGGAGGGGGGCAGCGUCCUGCUGGCCUGCUCAUGCAAAGCCGACCCACCGGUGUCCGAGUACCACUGGUCUUACGUUCACCGCGGCCGCACGUUCCACUUGGGCCAACGCAUGCACACCAUCCGUUUAUACAACGUGACACGGGACACAGCGGUCCGCUGCGUGGCCGAGAACCUGGUGGGACGCGCCCAGUCGCGGGCCACCGUCCUCAACGUUCAAUAUAAGCCUGUGAUCCAGCGCCUCUCGUCAACUUGCAUGGUGGCAGAUGGGAUGCUGCGCUGCGUCUGCUUGGCCCAGUCCAACCCACGGCCCGCCAUCAGCUGGAGCGUCAACAACAGCACACCGCCGCGCGGCUACAACGCUUCACUCUCGGCCGACGCCCUCACGGCCACUCUGAGGGGCCGCGUGGACGGGGGGCUGCAGACGGUCACCUGCUUGGCCCACAACGCCCUUGGGAACGACUCGGUCACGCUGUUGCAGCACCAAGCAGGAGUCGGGUCUUGGCGAUUGAUGUCGUUUUUGGUUCCCCCCGCCGCCGUCAUCCUCUUCGGUAUCUCCUUGGGUGUGCUUGUUUUCUGCUACUGCCAUCGCAAGAAGUCCGUCAAACACAUGCUGAGCGGACGUCCAUCAGGUGCUGGGCUGUACCAGGCCCGCAUGCCGGUCUACAUCAACUGCUCGGAGGUGAGCCACGUGUACACCAACGGAAGCUACCAGCUGCUCUACCAGAACUGCACGCCGCGUUUUGUGCGCAACAAGCAAGUACGUCCGAUGGGCAGAAGGGGCGGCGAGAGAAGGCGAGGAGGUCCGCGCGGAGGUGUGGACACACAAGUCACCGUCAGAGAGGUGCAAGGCGCCAUUGCAGCUGAUGCGGAAUCAGCCAUCUACCUGGAGGUCCUCUAAAAAAACAAAAAAAAAACUCACUGAGCAAUGA